UCCAGGCCUUCGUGCUCCAAAGCUGCGGGGAGGAUUCGUCGGAAUGGGAGCGAUUGCCGAGAAUCUUUGAUGACGAGGGCUGGUUCCGCUCCGUGCUCGGCCUUGCCAACGAUGGACUGGCGAAGCAGGAAUCGGCUGGGCGAAUUCACGACUAUGUCCGUGUGGGUGUUGUGACGACUUUCCUCGAGCAGUGUGCCGCCCGGAGUCCGGAUCAAACAGAGCGGGACGCGGACUUUGAGACGCUCCGAUUGGUGGGACGCCACGCAGGCAUGCGCAUUCCUUCGGUGGUCCCGACUGGACUGGAACGCCGAUUCGCCGACGCCGCCGCUGCAUUCAUCCGCAAAUAUCCAGAAAACUGUCUUGCGGAUCGGAGUGGGCUCGGCUGGGUGCUUAACUGGGCCGUCUUUGAGGACUUCGGGUGGAUGAGCGAUGUGGAUGCAUUGCGCGUCCUGGACGUGGCUGUGUCGGAGGUGCAGAAGGACGAUCAGCAGGAAUCACACCGGGACCAUGCUCAACGGAUCCGGGAACGGAUACAGAAGCGGCUCCGUCCCGAGGACAUUUUCGCCGCCUUUGUCUCGCUCGUCAGUGGCGGGGAGUAGGAGGGUGUCAUUUUCCAUUGCUUUAGCUUGCAGUCCAUGUAUUCCGUAUGUUCAACGAAAUCAUCUUUGCUGCGUCCAAGAUAUGUACAUAUGCAAACAGACACCUUUGUCACGGUCACACACAUCGGAUCGUCCACGCGACAUGUCACAGAACUCUCUCGAUUGUGCAAAUCCAACAACGAGCACCAGGAAGGCGGUCUUUGGGGAAGCUGCCGUUGGGGAUCACACAUUCGACCCAUCUGAGACAGGAACACUCGCAACUGCGUCCUCAAACUAGGGAGCAGCCCAAAUGCACAAUGGUACACCGGCAGGAACGUCGGCGCAAACGGGGUCUUCUCGGUACCAUUCCGAUAGUUGGGGCAACACUUGCGACUGCGUCCUCAAACUAG